AUGCUGGCCUGGAUCCACCGGGUGGUUCCCCAGCCCCCGCUGCCCCAUGCCACGGAGAAGACCUCCCCAGCUCCAGUGCAGGACCCACAGCCACCUAAGGCACCAAGAGGAAAGGCUGCAGGCACUGAGGAUGCUGCUGAUCACACAAGAGCCAAAGCCCUGCCAGCCCUGGGGUUCCAUGAUUCCACCACUGGUGGGAGCUUGCUUUGUUUUUCCCCUGCUGUCCCUGGAGAAGUGGAGAAGAAGGUGGAAUUUGCAGUCCCUGAGGAGCAAGGCUCUGUCCUUCAGAGCACUGGGAGCAGUGUGCUCUCCUGGCUCUCCCAGGGGCUGGGGAAGGUGAUUCCUCAGCCAGCCCAGGCCCCAGAGAACCUGCAGAAGCUUGGGAAGAGCUUUGAGACAAGCAUUGACAUUCCUGACCAGACAGAGGUCCAGAUCCUGAAAGAGGAGGAUGAGGAUGCUCUGGAGAUAACUCCCUUUGAUGCAGAGGAGGAGGAGGAGGAAGCAGAGGAGGAGUCUGAGGCUGGGCCAGCUGGUGGCACAGAGGAGUGGGUGGGAGCACGGGUGCUCAGCUGGCUGGCACAGGGCUUGGAGAGUGUGGUGCCACAGCCAUGCCCCCCCAGUCUGGCUGCCACCUCCAUGUGGGACCUGCUGGUGCCAGCAGCCACAGGCAGCGCUGUGCCACAGCCAUCUGUCCCUCUUGUCCCUCUGCAGCCAGAGCCAAAGGAGCAGAGGUGUGAAGCCACAGCAGGAGGCACCAAAGGCACCAGAACUCGUGCAAAGCCCACGAGCAGCACUCAGAGCACCCCAGCAGCAGCUGAGCAGCAGCCAGAGACUGUGGCCACCCUCCCCCCUCGGUCCCUGGCUGGGGAUGGCAGCAGGAUGUUUGCCUGGUUUGCCCAGGGGGUGCAGAAGGUGAUGCCACAGCCAGUGCCCAGGAAGAAGCAGGACACACAGGGAGAGGCUGCAGCAACCCUGAGCCCUGUGGAAGAAAUUCACAUUGUCCCUGGGGGGCCUGAGGAGGAGCCUGAGCUCGCCCUGGAAGAGCUGGAUGAUGGCUGGGUCAAUGAAGCCACGGCUGAGAGGGUGGCCUGGGGUUGUGAGCUGGUGGCAGAUGCUCACCCCCUGCCCCCCAUCCAGGAGGAACCUCAGGAAGAGGGAAACAGGCUGUGUUUGUGCUCCCUGAGUGCUGCCAAAGAGGAGGAGGAGGAGGUGGAGGAGAAGGAGAGCCCGGCUCAGCCCAGGGCUGGCCGUGACGCGGUACCUGGUGACGGCGCCGGGAGUGAGUCGCCUGGCGACACAGUUUCCAUCUCCAUCGCAGCCGCCCGUGGCAACCGCAGCCCCUGGCCGCCCCUGGGCCAGUCGCUCGCCCCCACCACCAGGGAGGGUGUGGAGGAAGUCUGCUGUGCAGAGGAGGCCCUCAGGAGUGAGCAGCUGGAAGAAGCAGCUGGGAUAAGUGAUCCUGAAGGUGCUCUUGUCCAGGUGGAGGAGGGGAGAGCUGAAGCUGCCGGAGCCGAUGCUGAAGACCGCUCAAGGCCCCAGGGCAGGACGCUCAGCACCCACGGCCCCGCGGAGAGCCGGGAGCGGGCGGGCCAGCCCCGGGCCGGGCCCCGCAGCCUCCCCGCGCCGCCGGAGCGCGCGCUGCGAGAGCAGCUCCCCAACGUCCCCAGCCGCCGAGCCGCCGCCGCCUGCCGCCUCCCCUCCCUUCUCCUCGCCAGCAAACCCAAGGCCGGGGUGGUCAACCCCAACUUUUGCCACGAGGAGCAACCCCCCUUAGGCAGUGACCCCUCGGUGGACGCCGUGGAGAGCGAUGCUGUGGAGAAGGAUGGCACCCACCUCCUGCUGCCCACCAGCCAUGCUUCCAGCAUGUUGGCAGUGCCCAGCAUGGCACCAGCAUCCCCCAGCCUCCCCGAGCGCGUCGGCUCAGCCACCAGCACCAGCAGCGCCCUCAUCAACAGCCGGCUCCAGGAGCUGGUGAAGCUCUUCAAGGAGAGGACUGAGAAGGUGAAGGAGAAGCUGGCUGACCCUGAUGUCACCUCAGAUGAGGAGAGCCCUGUGGCAUCCCCAGCCAAAGCAGCGCCUGCAGCAGCGCCGCCGCCGCCCCCUCCCCCAGGAGGGGCUCCGGGGGGGGACAAAGCAGCAGGAGCUGAGCACUACUGCCAGAUGCUGUGCUGCACCUUCAAGCACCCACCCUGGCUGCAGCGCCUGAGGAGCUACCGGUUCCCCAGCAGCAUCGACCCUCUCACCAAUCUGAUGUAUGUCCUGUGGCUCUUCUUCGUGGUCCUGGCCUGGAACUGGAACUGCUGGCUGAUCCCUGUCCGCUGGGCUUUCCCUUACCAGACCCCAGCAAACAUCCACCUCUGGCUGCUCAUGGACUACCUCUGUGACCUCAUCUAUCUGCUGGACAUCAUCAUCUUCCAGACUCGACUGCAGUUUGUCCAAGGAGGAGACAUAAUCACAGAGAAGAAGGCCAUGAAAGAGAACUACCUGAGAUCGCAGCGCUUCAAGAUGGAUGUCCUCUCCCUCCUGCCCCUGGAUUUCUUCUACUUCAAAGUGGGAGUCAACCCUCUCCUGCGCCUCCCUCGCUGUCUGAAGUACAUGGCCUUCUUCGAGUUCAACAACCGUCUGGAGGCUAUCCUGAGCAAGGCCUACAUCUACAGGGUGAUUAGGACCACUGCCUACCUGCUGUACAGCCUGCAUGUCAACUCCUGCCUCUACUACUGGGCAUCAGCCUACGAGGGGCUGGGCUCCACCACCUGGGUCUAUGAUGGAGAAGGAAACAGCUACAUCCGCUGCUACUACUGGGCAGUCAAAACCCUGAUCACCAUCGGGGGCCUGCCAGACCCCAAGACCCUCUUUGAGAUCAUCUUCCAGCUGCUCAACUACUUCACAGGGGUCUUUGCCUUCUCUGUCAUGAUAGGGCAGAUGAGGGACGUGGUGGGCGCCGCCACCGCCGGCCAGACCUACUACCGGAGCUGCAUGGACAGCACCAUCAAGUACAUGAACUCCUACAGGAUCCCCAGGGCCAUCCAGAACAGGGUCAAAACCUGGUAUGAGUACACAUGGCACUCCCAAGGCAUGCUAGAUGAGACAGAGCUGCUGGUGCAGCUGCCAGACAAGAUGAGGCUGGACAUUGCCAUCGAUGUGAACUACAACAUUGUGAGCAAGGUGGCCCUCUUCCAGGGCUGUGACAGGCAGAUGAUCUUUGACAUGCUGAAGAGGCUCAGGUCCGUGGUCUACCUGCCUAACGACUAUGUCUGUAAGAAGGGGGAAAUUGGCCGUGAGAUGUACAUCAUCCAGGCUGGACAAGUGCAGGUCCUGGGGGGACCUGAGGGCACAACAGUGCUGGUGACUCUGAAGGCUGGAUCUGUGUUUGGGGAGAUCAGCCUGCUGGCGGCCGGAGGGGGCAACCGGCGCACGGCCAACGUGGUGGCCCACGGCUUUGCCAACCUCUUCAUCCUCGACAAGAAGGACCUGAACGAGAUCCUGGUGCACUACCCGGAGUCCCAGAAGCUGCUGAGGAAGAAGGCCAAGAGAAUGCUGAGGAACAACAAGAAGCCCAAAGAAGAGAGGGCAGCCCCUGGGGACUCGCUGAUCAUCCCCCCAAAACCUGAGACCCCGAAGCUCUUCCAGGCUGCCAUGGCUGCCACGGGGAAGCUGGGAGGCAAAGGGCCACUGGCACAGCUCCGGUGGAGGCUGAGGGAGCUGAAGGCCCUGCAGGUGGCACAGGGUCCCACCUCCAGCCCAGCACCCUCCAGAUCCCCAGGGCACCAGAGAUCACCUCCCACCUCCCACCAAGCUCAGCAGGGAGGAGCAAUAGUCUCCAAGUCUGCUGAUAACUUGGUCACCAUCCAGGUGAUUGCUGCUGCUCAAGGGGAGGAAGAGAUCCUUGCUGCUGAGAUUGCAGAGAAAGAAGAAGGCAAAAAGGAGAAGUGA